AUGAAAGUUUCACUAAUCUCAAAGAACAAACUCCGCUUCAUUGAUGGCACCUUCGCUCAACCCGCCGCCGGCACCACUCUUUACGAUCCCUGGCUUCGAUGCAACAACAUGGUCCUUUCUUGGCUGCAAAAAUCGGUUUCUGAAACCAUUGCUCAAUCAAUUUUGUGGAUUGAUAAUGCAUCAGUUGUUUGGAAAAAUUUAGAGACACGGUUUUCUCAAGGCGAUAUAUUCAAAAUCUCCGAUCUUCAAGACGAUCUCACCAACCUGCAUCAAGGUACCCUCGACGUUUCCACCUAUUUUACCAAACUCACAUCUCUUUGGGAACAAAUUGACGCAUUUCGACCAACGCGGGAUUGUACUUGUGCUAUUCCAUGCACCUGUGGUGCCGCCUCGGAUCUUCGUCGAUACAAAGAUCAAGAUCGUGUUAUCAAGUUUCUUAAGGGCCUAACUGAUCAAUUCUCUACGGUUCGCUCUCAGAUUCUUCUGUUGGAUCCUCUCCCCUCCCUUGACAGGACUUUCUCCAUGGUUCUUGGCCAGGAAAGACGUUCCACCACCAUCCCUGUUGAAUCACCAGACCCACCUUCAUUAGCUAUGCAAUUUCAACCUUCUAACAACUAUGGGGGAGCUCGCGGCAAUGGUUCUUCUCGCGGUCGCGGCCGCUCUUUUCCGGGUCGUGGUGCUUCUUCACAAUGCAUAUGCACUCAUUGUGGUCGUAACAAUCACACCAUCGAUACCUGCUUCAUGAAACACGGCUACCCUCCCGGUUAUCAAUACAAAAGCCAAAAGUCAUCCAUCAACAACGCUAUGGCUUCUCCUUCGCUCGAAACUCCGGUUGAUUCUACUUCUGUACCCUCUAUUGCUACCAUUCAGAGUCAAUAUAACCAGAUUCUACAAAUGCUUCAACAUCAUCCCUCGUCUGCUUCCGCUCCUACUACCUCUGAUGCCACUCAUCUACCUAACAUUAACUCUGUUUCUCCUCUCAUCGAUGGUAAGCCACCUGUAUAUUGGGUAAUUGAUACAGGUUAUAAAGAGGGAACCAAAGGCUAUCUCUUGUAUGAUUUAACCGCUAACUGUCUUUUUGUUUCAAGGAAUGUAACCUUUCAUGAAAACUCAUUUCCCUUUAAAAACCCUCAUGAUCAUCUCAAUCUCCCUCCCAUACCUACUAUCCACCAUAACCCUACUGACCUUGAACCUUUCAAUCUUCUUUCUCCUCCUCUUAAACCUAACCCUCCUCCUACCCCUACCCCUCCUCCCCUCUCACCACCCGCUCCUCCUCCAUCUCCUCCAAACCAUUCAGCCAAUAACCCCCCACCUCCACCCCUUCGGAAAUCCAUUAGACAAACCAAAAACCUCAUUACUUGA